AAAUAUUUUCCGUCAUCGUCUCGCGACAAACUAGCCGACUUGAAGUCGACGGUUGAUUUGCUUACAUCGAUUACGUUCUUUCGGAUGAAGGUGUUGGAAUUGGCCAGUCCACCACGUGCCUCGAAUGUUGUGCGCGAAUGUGCGAAAGCUUGUAUGCAGAUAAUGGAUCAGCUACUUUCUAAUCACCAAUUCAAGCGUUUUGCAUAA